AUGCUGCUGCUCGAAGGCGGGGCUUCGGUGUCUCCUGCAGGUCACAGGAAGUGCAGGCUCAGCAGCAGGAAGCAGAGAAACUUGGCCUGCAGCAGCGACAUCGCAGAGCUCUUCAACUCCACCUCGAUUGGAAAGUGGUCGCUCACCUUCACCAACUGGAAAACCAAAGGAAGCGAUAAGAACCAGCAGAAAAGAGACAUCAAAACACUAAAAUGA